UUUUUUUUCCUUUUCAACUGGUUUAUGCACCUGGUGCUUUAGUUCAUGAGCUCAUAACCAUAUUAGUAAUGCAAAUUUUUGCUUCACUGAAGUUAACAUCUGUAUGAUCCACUGUUUCCUGAAACGGGAAGUUGUAUUUGUUGGAUGUUAUAUGUGGAUGCUAAAAAUCCAACAACCACGAAGAAACAGGAACACUAGCAGCUCGAAUAGAAAGUUGAUCUGAAAAAAUAUAGAUAACGUAGAGGAUGAAAGCUGGAAGGAUCUUAGUGAUGAUCGUUUUGUAAGCUUCCAAACAAGUUGAGCCUGGAGGCGUUGAUAAAAGUGGCAGCAAGAGCUGAGCUAAGAGAAAAAGUGUAAGUGAGUGGUAGAGUUCAGUAUAGGUGUAGCUGGGUAAGAAUCUGAUGAGUCCAGAUGUUGACGGAGUGCCCUUUUGUUAGAGGAGUCGGAGGGUGUAAUAGCUAGCUAGCUAGGGUUUAAAAAGGGUCUCUGAUCAGUAGGAAAUGACGUCUUGAUUUGUGGGGGAUGGUUGCAAGAAUCUCAAAAUCCAUUGAGAAAUGUGGAGCAGUAACGGCUGUGUUGGAGUUAAUCAAAAGUGGAAGAUGUGGAGCAGACAAGUGUAAUUAGGCGGGAAGUGCCUGAUAAAUGGAAGACACGCAGGUUGGUGUGGCGAAGAAAUCAGCUACCCUUGCUUUGCGCUGUUUUGAGAAGUGGAUGGCCCCUCAAAAGGGCCGAAUACCAUUAGCUUUCUUUCCUGCAAGAGGGGCAGUAGUAUCAGAGCCACUGGGAGUGGUGCUCAUAUUUGCAUCCUGGAAUUUUCCCAUCUCCCUGGCUUUAGAUCCGGUGAUUGGAGCAAUUUCUGCUGGAAACGCAAUUGUCCUCAAACCUUCAGAACUAGCACCAAAAUGCUCCUCUUUUCUAGCCAAUACAAUACCUCUUUACAUGGAUCCAGAAGCUAUUAGAGUUGUUGAAGGGGGAAAAGUCGUAGCAGAACAACUAUUGCAGCUCAAAUGGGAUAAGAUAUUUUUUACAGGUAGUCCACAAGUUGGGCGCAUUAUAAUGUCAGCAGCUGCGAAGCACUUAACACCUGUAACUCUAGAGCUGGGUGGAAAAUGUCCUGCCAUCUUUGACACACUAUCUAAUUCCUCUGAUUUACAGGUGGCUGUCAAGAGGAUAGCAGGUGGAAAGUGGGGAGCAUGCAAUGGACAAGCAUGCAUAGGAAUCGACUAUGUGCUCGUGGAAACACAAUUUGCUUCAGUUCUGAUCGAACUAUUGAAGAAGUUCAUCAAGAAAUUUUAUGGUGAAAACCUGAAAACUUUGGAAAAUCUCGCCAGAAUCGUGAACAAGCACCACUUUGAUAGAGUACACAAUCUUCUCAAAGAUCCGAAAGUUGCAGCAUCCGUUGUUUAUGGAGGCUCAGUAGAUGAGGAAAACAUGGUUAUUGAGCCAACAAUCUUGUUGAAUCCGCCUCUUGACACUGAUAUCAUGACUGAAGAAAUAUUUGGCCCAUUGCUUCCAAUCAUCACACUGAAUAAUAUUGAAGAAAGCAUUCAGUUCAUAAACUCGAGGGAAAAACCUCUUGCAAUAUAUGCAUUUACCAAGAAUGAUUCGUUGAAGGAGAAGAUCUUGCAGGAAACAUCUUCCGGAAGUUUGACUUUCAAUGAUGCUGUAAUUCAGUUUCUAUGUGACACAUUACCAUUCGGAGGCGUUGGUCAGAGUGGUUUCGGACGUUACCAUGGGAAGUUCUCUUUUGACACGUUCAGUCAUGAAAAAGCAGUUCUACAUAGGAGCUUCUUAAUUGAGUUGGAACCAAGGUAUCCUCCAUGGAAUAAUUUCAAGAUGGAGUUUGUCAGAUUGGCUUACAACUAUGACUACAUUGGUCUUGUACUGCUCUUGCUGGGGUUGAGAGGAAUAUUCAGAACAAAUCGAAGGCAGUAGAAGAUGAACUCUUCUCAGUCAAAUAAGGGUAAAUCCAUCAAACAAAAGUGCCUUACCGAUCACCAAGAAAGCUAAAUGUUGUCACUCCCUUGCUCCUGUGGGAAGUUUUGGGUGUGAAACUAAUUUAGAAUCGUCAUUUGUAUCCAGAAAUCCACUGAAGUAGUUUUAUCUGUCUCUCUACUUGCCUAUCAAGUAUAUUAUUAUAAACAAAAUAAAAGAAAUAUGUUUGAUAACAGACUGCUAGCGGGGAUUUGGAAUUAGGAUUUUGUUCAAUUCUAAUAGAAGAAUAGACAAAGUAAUACAGUAAGUUAAAGCGAAGUUGCCACUUA